UAUACAUCCACAGACAACAUCAAACAUGGUGUAGGCUGAUAUAACUCGACAUUCAUACACCUUUAGUUAUGUACAGUUGUACCACAUAAACAUCUCUUGUGUCAUUCGUGUUUACCUUCUGAGUAGUGUUACAGGCAGGAAAUGGAGAAUUACAUUUUGACUGGUUUAAGUGCUUUUGUGGGUACGGCCUUGGCCGUUCACUUUGGAAAUCUGGGUCAAAGAGAAGUAAACUGUAAGCAUAUCCAUGAUGUCGAGCUUCUCCUGAGUUUUCUCAUUGGUGUAUUUGUUACAGGGAUAUUCUGUACGCUCACUUGCCAUAUGGUCGUCCAACGAAUGGUCCCAGAAUACACCGAAGGUCGCCAGACCUUUCUGGUCGAACAGGUAAACCCAGAAGUCGAUGCGCAUGACCAAACCGCGAUCGCUGAACGUACACGCUCAGAAGUAGAUGAGGUAGACGAGGGGAGCAUCUAUAUUUUAGAAGACUAUUGGGAGAGCGAUGAGGAGAGCAGCGAUAUUACAGAAGACGAUUGGGAGAGUCAUGAGGAGAGCGUCGAUUCUGCAGAAGACGCCGGAGAGAGUCACAAGGAGAGCGUCGAUCCUGCAGUAGACGCAGGAGAGAGUCACAAGGAGAGCGUCGAUCCUGCUGAAGACGCCGGAGAGAGUCACAAGGAGAGCGUCGAUCCUGCAGUAGACGCAGGAGAGAGUCACAAGGAGAGCGUAAAUCCUGCAGUAGACGCCGGGGAGAGUCACAAGGAGAGCGUCGAUCCUGCUGAAGACGCCGGAGAGAGUCACAAGGAGAGCGUCGAUCCUGCAGUAGAUGCAGGAGAGAGUCACAAGGAGAGCGUAAAUCCUGCAGUAGACGCCGGGGAGAGUCACGAGGAGAGCGUCGAUCCUGCAGUAGACGCAGGAGAGAGUCACAAGGAGAGCGUAAAUCCUGCAGUAGACGCAAAAGAGAGCCACGAGGAGAACGUCGAUCCUGCAGAAGACGCCGGGGAGAGUCAGGUCGUGAUCGUUGACCGGCUGUACCCUGAGGAUCAGAAGCAGAGUUUACCUUGCACCGUCUAUCUCCUACACCCAGAGAAAGACGAAUAGGAAAAAAAUCACGCACAGAAGCACUAACAGCCCAUUUUGAAACCAACAGACUAGAUUUUAUCAACCUCUACAUUUCCGUCAGCAGAAUUAAAGACAUCAAUGACAGGGUUGGAGUAUCUUCUUUGAAACUAUAAGUCGCUGAAAUGAAGACGCCAUGAAAAGUUUACAUAUCCGGUUGCUGCUUGUCUUAAAAACAAAUAAUUGACUUUAAUCAAGCCAAAAUGUUGAAUGUUUCAAUGUUUACCCAUCUCCAUGACAUACCUACAUCAAGCCUAAAUGUUAAACGGUUCAAUAUUAACCUAUCUUCAUGUCAGUAACUGUCAGCUAUUAGUAUUAUUUAUAAAGAAAAUUAUUCGCCCUUUAAAUCAGAGCCCUUAUCUGAAUGUCUUGCGAGCAAAUCAGCAAUCACCUAGCUAAACAGCUAACCAAAAGUUUACGUCAUUAAAAGAUCAAGGCCUACAUCAGUCCUUAAUUCAAAUGGGCAACUUCGUUAAUAAAACAAAAACAAAAUUAUCAUCAACAAAAAAUAUUUUCCAAACCUUUCAUCGGUAUCCUACCCUCGUAAUGUAACACCACUAAAAAUGUAACAUCACUAAAAAUGUAACACCACUAAAAAUGUAACACCACUAAAAAUGUAACACCACUAAAAAUGUAACACCACUAAAAUGUAACAUCACUAAAAAUGUAACACCACUAAAAAUGUAACACCACUAAAAUGUAACAUCACUAAAAAUGUAACACCACUAAAAAUGUAACACCACUAAAAAUGUAACACCACUAAAAAUGAAUAACUUUAGAAUCAGCCAUCCCUGAUCGCAACUAUAACCAGCCAAACGGUAAAUAAAGUUUGAAAAGGAUAAAUACUACAUAUCUGGAAGCGCCAUCAACAAUAAACAAGCAGACAUUAAUCUGCGAUAUUUAAACAAAGACUGCAUUACUCCCGAGAACAAAUCUACCCUGAACAAAGUCAGCCCAUGGCGAAAAGAGAGCCGCACUUUACACGACUUAUGAUUUAGCCACGGUUAGACCAAUGAUCUCCCAUCUUAACAUCGUUAGAUCGCUA